UAGGAGGUGUAUAUAUGCGUCCCGAUCAGCUACUGCGGUUCAGUUGUCAUCGAACUCCCGGGGGUAAAUAGCGUACACAUAUCUAUCUAUCUACAAUAUAAGUCACUGUGCUUCAACAUGAUGUGGAAACUGAUCAUUGUAACCAUUUUGGCAGUUGGUGUUUUGUGCGAUGACAUUGCUACUGCUGUUAAUGAGCAAACAACACAACAAAUCAGAGAUACGUUAAAGGCGCAAUGUAAGAAAAACGGCGCUGAGGAUAAGGCGCAAGAUGUUGAGAAUGCAGCGAAAAAUUUUGUUGAAUGUGUCAAAGGAUUGUUCGACUUCUCGACUAUCAAGAAAGAGAUUGAAGAUGCCAAGCCCAAUGGCGCUCUCGAUGAAGUCUUUGGAAAGUACUGCGCUAAGUCACCACAGUUGAAGACCUGUAUCCAUACUCUUACCACGUCUGCGACACCUUGCCUCGAGGCCAGCGUCCGGGAACAGGUUGGCCCAAUUAACAAUGGUGCAGAUCAGCUCAUCGACUUCAUAUGUUAUAAGGAUGGUGAUAGAAUUGCUUUGUUCAUCGCCGAAGGAGGCCCCGAAUGUUUCCAAGAGAAAUCGGAGGGUAUCCGUGCAUGCGCUGAGAAACUCAAAAAUAAUGUAGGCAGUGUUGAAGCGGCUCAGAGUCUUACCCUUGUUGAGCAAUGUGGCAAAUACGAUGAGCUGACGACUUGUAUCAUAAAAUCAUUGGAGGAAUGCUCCACACCGACUCCAGGCAACAUGGCCGAGUCUCUGUUCCGGUUUGUACGCAAGGGCUCACCGUGCAACAAGGCGGCCCCACUGAAGAACUGAUGGGUGACAACAUCAAUAUGUAAUCAAAUCAGAGCAAUGUGAUAUUGUGCCAUUUUCAAAUGUAAUUAUCGUUAAUAAAUUGUAUAUUACGA